CUCUCUCCCAUGUAUUACUUGCUAUUCUUCAUUCACUCAUCCAACUUGUUAGUUAGUAUGCUGUGGUUCGCCGCAACCACUGCAAGUGCCAUUUACGCCGUUCUCUAUAGUGUUAGUUUAAAGUUUGGUUUGUUUACCUCUGUACCAAAAAAUUGUUUAUUAAUUAUCUGGGAUAAUGAUAUAUGUAUAUAAUAAAUACUAAAUCUCGGUUGUCGAUAAAGGAAAAUCAUGUCUCUGUUAGAAGAUAAAUUUAUUCAAACACUGACGACAACUUUCCAUCCGCAUGACGAAGAAUAUGAAAAACAUCAUCACAAUGAUGAAAGUAUAUCGAAUGUACUAAUCGCAAAAGGAAUCACAAUGAUUAUUUUAUGCACAGUAAGCACCUGCAUGGGUAUUUUACCAAUGCAAAUAGCAAAGUGCUUAAAAUGGAAUAUUUCCAAUACUGAGAAUCCUAGGUCAACAAAAUUAGUAAGCUUUCUUCUUGGAUUCGGUGGUGGUGUUCUUUUUUGCACAAUGUUUCUUCAUUUAUUACCGGAAGUAAAGGAAGGACUGCAACAUCUUACAGAAGAAGGAAAACUUCCAGAAUUUAGUUUUUCUUUAUCCGAAAUGCUUACUUGUAUUGGUUUUUUUAUUAUGUAUUUGGUCGAAGAAUCAGUACAUUCAUAUUUGCGAAAGAAAAAAGCACACAAAGAAGAAUUUUCAAAGAAAGAUGUUAGCAGAAGUACCAAUGAAUUAGUCGAAAAUGGAGAAACUUUGCCGAAUUUUGUUAAUGGACAUUCACAUUACAACGAUCAUGGUCAUUCGCAUCACUUACCAGUCAUAGAUGAAAAACAUGACUUUGUCAUAAGUUCAUUAAGAGGAUUAUUAAUUGUUUUGGGUUUAUCUGUACAUGAAUUAUUUGAAGGACUUGCCAUUGGAUUAGAAAGUUCAGCCUCUUAUGUUUGGUACAUGUUUGCAGCAGUAGCGGCUCACAAAUUUGUGAUAGCAUUUUGUAUUGGUGUAGAAUUAAUUACUUAUAACACUAGACGAUAUCUUUCGAUAAUCUAUAUCUGCACAUUUGCAAUUGUUUCUCCUCUAGGAAUUGCCAUAGGAAUUUUUCUAGUUGGUGGCGAAAGUGCCGCCACCAGUGGCAUAUUACCGGUACUAUUACAGGGUUUGGCUUCUGGUACUCUAUUGUAUGUAGUAUUUUUCGAAAUUCUUCAAGAACAUAGAAAUGGAUUCAAUCAAUAUUUAUCGAUUCUAUUUGGAUUCAUUUUGAUGUUUGGAUUACAGUUGCUAAGUCACCAACAGUCGCGUUGAGUUCAUCUGCGAGAAACAUUUACAUACACGUUAGCUAUGGCACGUAACUGUCCAACACUACAGCAUAACACGUCACA